GACUGAACACUCUCUCUCUCCUCUCUCUCUCUCUCUCUCUUUCUCUCUCUCUCUCUCUCCAUUUUUUUCUGGGCAAUGUUUUUCUCUUCAUGUUUUCUGGGUCUGUACUUUUAGGUUCUUGGAUUGGCGCUACUUCCCUCAUCACAAUCGAUUUAACGGAUGAGCGGUUUGUGGGUCUCCACAGCUAAAGAUUUUUUUAUUUUCUUCUUCAAAUGGGCAGGAUUGCUCAUUUAAGAGUUUAUUGAUCCAAAAAAAAGAAAGAAAAAUGAAUGCAGACAAUGAGAACAUAGAACCGUCGACUGAUUUAGGACUUGCUCUGGGUUAUUCAAGUCAGUGCGUAAAGAGAAGACUGAACAAUGGUUCAGGUGCAGGUGCAAAUGCAGGUUCAGGAUUAAACAUGACAUUUGUUGCCCAGAACCCCUUGUCCGAACUAGUUUGGUCUCCGCAUAAAGGUCCAAGCAAUGUGGCUCUUUUACCAGUGCAAGGCAUUACAGUCAGGACAGACAAACAAAUAAGCGGAGAGAAUUUUCAAACAUCAAAUACAUAUUCACUUCAAAUGACGAGUGAAGUUGCCCGUGUCAUGCAUGUGCACGCACCGAGACGUGAGGAUGAGAUAGGAAUUGGUGGUGAUACCGAGGAAAUAGAUACAGCUCAUGGAGCAACUGUUAUGAAGACUGAUCAAAAGGAGGGGCUAGGAGACAGGAAAGGAGUUGGCGUUUCCGGUCGCAUUGAAUCCCAAAUAGUUAAAACAACUGAGACCAGGGAAACCAAUUUUUUAACCCUUCCAGGUCAGGCUAACAGAAAAAAGACGGAUGUCUUAUCAAUAAAGCACGAUCACCAUAAACCUGAUGAGGCAGAAAUUGAACCAUUAUCAGCAGAUCCUAUUGGUGGAGACAGAAACGUUGACAAUAGCAACUACUCGCUGCAGAUGAAUGAAUCUGAAGCUCCCAGUGAUCUGAUAGGGAAGCAUAUUUUCCACGACAGAAGAAAGUCCUUGGAGAAAAUUGAGUCAACUUCUGAGAACGAUUUACAAAAUUUCAAAAGUGAGUAUGUUUGCAGUGCUGCGAAUGAUACUGUAAGGUUGGAAUUUUAUCCGGAAGUUAAAGGAAGUUCUGAACAUGCCGUUGAAGAUAUACCUCCCAGAAGCAAGACUGUUUCGGCUGAACAUUCUCUGACUAGUAGUAGAGUCCGCGUGAAAAGAAAGAAAGGCAAGGAAAAAGCUUUAUCUGAUGGAAUGAUGCCAAAAGAUGACGAUGACAGCCACGAGAGCGUUGAAAGCUGUAAUAGUGCUGGACUAUUUCCGACGGGCAAGAGGCGGAGAAGCUUUGAAGAAGAUUUGGUUGUUGGGACUAAAGGAUUCAAGAAACAAAUUCACUGUCUAGACGGUUCCACAUCCGUCGCUAGACAAAAUAGUUCCUUCAUGAAUUGGAUAUCAAACAUGAUGAAGCGCUUCUCACAAUCGGUGCAGGAUGAGGCACCUUUUCCUCUCAGCAUUGUGCGUCCAGAUGACAGACAUGAAAAUAUCGACAAAAGACUCACCACUGUCGACAAGAACCAAGAUGCGGGGUCCAAAAUCAUUGGUUUCCAGUCCAUCUUUCAGUCCAUGUAUUGUGGGAAGGCAGAGGUUCAAGAAACCCGAGUGUUGAAUGUUGAGUAUCAAGUUGGAGAAGGAUCCAAGGAACUUGGAUCAUCCAAUAAAAUGAGCAACAACAAUGCUACUCCUAUAGCAUGUCAAGGGGAGAACAGUAAGGUCGCGGGAAAACACUUUCUUUUAUUGAAUGAGAGGUUCAAUGAGUCUAUGUCUGGAAAUGGGGAAGCUUUGGCAAUCCAGCCUAAGAAUCUGUUGGAUAAGUUUGUUGAUAGUCAGGAAAAUGGCCAUACUAACUCUGAAGAGAAUAAGAGUAAGUGUCAACUGGCCAUCAGUAGUAAAGAAAAAGAGAGAACAAGCUCCAAUACCUCUCUCGGUAAACGAAAGACGAGCAGCGCUGAACAUGAUUCAGACCUGCCAUGUGAGGGAAAAACGACGUCCAAGUUUUAUCACAGAAAUGACUCUCUAGGAAGCACCUGGAUAACUCGCUUUGCCGCGAAAAUUUCCGGUUCCUCAGAAAACCCUAAUCAUUUCAACCCUAGUGCUGGUCUGAGUCCUAAGCGCUCUGUGGAAUGCCUAAAGCUUAUUCCACAUGCUCAGAAUCACAUUGGUUUUCAUGUGGAUAGUGCAAUUUUCGAGAAUACGGAUCAUGCUAUGGAAAAUCCAAUUCCUUUCUAUGGUAAAGAAUCGGAGGAUAGUUCUUCUAGGAUCAAAAGUCAUGAUGAUACAAAAUCAAUGUAUAAGUUGACUCCUGUAUUACCUUUCCCGCAACUUAACCAUUCAGAUGCAAUGGCGUCUGUCUUUGCAAAGAGAUUGGAUGCUUUCAAGCACAUUACUUCAUCAAGAGUAACAAGCGAUGCUGCUCAUGCGACCAUGACCUGUUUCUUCUGUGGUGUAAAGGGUCACAAUUUACGAGAUUGUUCGGAGAUAAAACAAACUGAGCUUGAGGAACUUCUGAGGAAUCUAAAUACAUGUAGUGGGAUAGAAGAACUGCCUUGUUUGUGCAUUAGAUGUUUUCAGCGUAGUCACUGGGCUGUCGCAUGCCCCAAAACGUCCCCGAGCAAACGUCUUCAACUGGAAUCCAAUGCUUCUUUUAGUGAAAUGCUGCCAAGUACAGGAAACAGAGACAGUUUAAAGCUCCAAAGCGAUGAAGAUAUGAUAACCGAGACAGAUUUUAACUCGAAAGUGGAUGAAAUGAUGAACUUCCAGAAAAAGUUGUCUUCUACAAGUCCAGUGAAGAAACACAUAGCUUCAGUCCCUGAGGAAAACAUGUCGAUAGAAAAUCGGAUAAUGCCUUUUCAAUACAUUGUCAGUGAGCAGAAUUCAGAUGUACCAAAAGGACUGUUCGAUGCUGUAAAAAGGCUUCGUUUGUCUCGUAGCCAUAUAAUAAAGUGGAAAAGUUCUCGCAUGUCACUUUCGCAACUUGACGGCUUUUUCCUGCGCUUGAGGCUUGGCAAGUGGGAAGAAGGACUGGGGGGAACUGGCUACCACGUUGCUUGCAUAAUUGGAGCACAGGGAGACGGCAAAACUCAAGAUGCCGAAGGUUCCAUACUAGUGAAAGUAGGAGGAAUCAAAUGUUUGGUUGGGAGUCGUUUCAUCUCAAACCACGAUUUCCUUGAGGAUGAGCUGUUGGCUUGGUGGUCUAUUACCUCAAGGAACGGUGACAAAAUUCCUUCAGAAGAAGAUUUGGGAGUGAAGGUAAAGACAAAAAAAAUGUUAGGCUUUUAAUUCACAGCAAUUAUUUAUUAAUUUCCGGGCUAUUGCACCCAUGUUAGUUUUGAUGACUAUAGAGUGGUUAAAAAAACAAAACAAAACAAAACAAAAAAAAAAAAAAAAGACCCUACAAUUAGCUGAUGGUAUACUGUACAUAACUUCUGAAUAUUUUUCUUUUCUUUUCUUUUGUGGGUUCAAAGAUUUUUUGUGUAACACGAAGAAUCUAAUUACACCGUGGCUCGUGCGUGUGAAUUUGAGAAAAUUCUUUA